UCACAAAGCGUCGCUUCUGCUUUGCAUACGAUUUCGAAAAAAGAACUCAAGUCGCUGAGUGAAAUCAAGGAUUCUGCCAGAUGCCAGUCCAAACCUGCCGAGAUACAAACAAGAGUCCGUGAGUUCAAUCAGAAACGCCUCUAUCCCAUCAGGAUGGGUGCCUUCAAGUCUAAACAGUUUAAAAAGACUCCCCAGGUUCUCCUUAUGGGCUUGGAUUCGGCUGGGAAAUCUACUUUGCUCUACAGACAGCAGCGUGGUGUGGUGAUGGAGACCUCGCCUACUGUGGGCUUCAAUGUUGCGACUGUACAGCUGGACAAGAAGACCUCACUCUCCGUGUGGGACAUUGGGGGACAAGGAACCAUGAGGCCCAAUUGGAAAUACUACCUAGAGGAAUGUAAGGUCCUGGUUUUCGUGGUGGACAGCAGUGAUCGCUCAAGGAUGGGAGAAGCUCAGAAAGCCCUGAAGAAGAUUCUGACUGAUGAGCAUUUGAAAGGAGUUCCCCUGAUGGUGCUGGCGAACAAAAAAGAUCUGCCAAACUCUCUGACUAUUAGAGAUGUGUCUAUAUUGCUGGAGCUGGACAGCUGCACAGAUCGGGAGUGGGAGAUCCAAGCUUGCAGCGCCUUGAAGGGACUUGGUCUCCAACAAGCCUUUCUCUCUAUAGCUAAACUAAUGCAAAAAGCAUAAGUAAGAUACUAUCUAGGUAACUAGACAAUACAUUGAAUGCAGUUAUAACUUGACGGUCUCCUUUUAUCGAAGCGUAAACUUAAUAACAAGCAAAAUGAAGGAUUGAUCAUGGUACUAUCAUACAAGAAUGUUGGAAAAUAAUUGACUGAUUGAACUACUGCACUUGUUGAUUGUUGUUAUAUGUGCUGUAAAUAUCAUGUUUAUGUUUUAUUUGUCUUCAUGUGCUGCACUUCUAGCAUGGGCACUGUAAUUGCUGCAAACAUCUUUUACUUUGUAAAUGAAUGCCAUGUUUCUGUGUGAAGGUUAAUUUGGCAACCAAAGUGACUUUGAUGAGAAUCCUGUGAUG